CAGCAAGCCCUGUAAGGCGGCAGUCCACCGGCACUGAACUUACCUGGGCUUUCCAACACCUGAGCCACCCGGAUGACUGAAGAAGGGUGGUUUUGCGUUUUUAGGAUAGUUUUGAGCUGGAAUAUAGUUCUACCCAUUUGGCAAAUGAGCUAGUUUGGAUGUUGUCGCUGUGUCAGCAGGCCCCUGCUUUGAACUUCAUCUCUACAACUCUGAGGCGCUUUGUCUACACCGAAAUGCCAGUUUCGUAAGCAGGGACUUGAAUAACUGUGAAUCUGUCUACUGCAGAAACAUGAUUAAAGAUAACAGCGAAAUUAUUCCACUAAUGGGCAAGAAAACAAAUCCAUCUGGUAUUCCCCCUUCAAACCAGCAAGAGAAAAAGCCAACUGAAAGCACUCCCACAAAGAAAAGUUCUCACUUUUUUCUGGAGAUUGAUGGUUUUGAAAGCAAUGCGACUCCAAAUAAUACAUCUCCCCCCGUGUUUUCAAAACCAAUGGAUUCAAAUAUUCGUCCAUGUGCAUCUGGAAAUGGGGAAGAUAUGGAUUCUCCACAGUCUCUUCAGGAUGAUGCGACUGAAUAUAGCCCUAAUGUAGACAGCUGUUGUGCUAACAUAUCACAAGGACCUGAGCAGACUAGUGCCCAGAAGAAGUUGAAAAAAUACAUAUUUCGGGCUGUAUCUGAGGGGAAUAUCGAAGAAUUGCAGUGUCUGCUCACCGAGCUGAAGGAAAGAUCAAAUGCCUGUAGGAGCAUGACUGUGCCAGAUUAUCUGAUGAAAAAAUUCACAGCUUCAGAUACCGGCAAAACUUGCCUGAUGAAAGCUCUGCUGAACAUCAACCAAAACACAAAUGAGAUAGUGAAUAUGCUACUAUCCUUUGCAGAAGAAAAUGGUAUUUUGGAGAGAUUUAUCAAUGCAGCAUACACAGAAGAGGCAUAUAAAGGCCAGACAGCUUUAAAUAUUGCCAUUGAAAGAAGACAAUAUGAAAUAACUCAGAGCCUAAUAGAAAAAGGAGCUGAUGUCAAUGCUCACGCCCAGGGUAUUUUCUUUAAUCCCAAACAUAAACAUGAAGGCUUUUAUUUUGGUGAAACUGCAUUGGCAUUAGCUGCAUGUACCAAUCAACCAGACAUAAUUCAACUGCUAAUGGACAAUACCAGGACUAAUAUUACUUCUCAGGAUUCCAGAGGAAACAAUAUCCUCCAUGCAUUAGUUACUGUGGCAGAGGACUUUAAAACCCAGAAUGACUUUGUAAUCAGAAUGUAUGAUAUGAUUUUGUUGAAAAGUAAAGCCAGAAAUUUGGAAACAACAAGGAAUAAGGAGGGUUUGACACCACUACAAUUAGCUGCAAAAACUGGGAAAUUAGAGAUUCUGAAAUACAUCCUGAGCAGAGAGAUAAGAGAUAAGCCUAACAGGAGCCUGUCAAGAAAAUUCACAGACUGGGCUUAUGGUCCUGUUCAAUCUUCUCUUUAUGAUCUGACAGAACUAGAUACCACUACAAACAAUUCAGUGUUGGAAAUUAUAGUCUAUAAUACAAAUAUUGGUAACCGUCAUGAAAUGCUGACUUUGGAGCCUCUGAAUUCACUCCUGCGAAUGAAAUGGAAGAAGUUUGCACGGCACAUGUUCUUUAUGUCAUGCUGGUUUUAUUUCCUAUACAAUGUAACUUUAACGUUGGUUUCCUACCACAGGCCUAAUGAAAAUGAAGCUCCACCUUAUCCACUAGCUUUAACACGUGGUGUGGGAUGGCUGCAAUUAUCGGGACAGGUGAUGGUUAUGUUAGGAGCAAUAUUUUUAGCCAUAAAAGAGAGUGUAGCCAUCUUUCUGCUUAGGCCUUCAGACCUACAGUCAAUUCUCUCUGAUGCGUGGUUCCACUUUGCGUUUUUUAUACAAGCUUUGCUUGUGAUCUUCUCUGUCUUUUUGUACUUGUUUUCCUACAAAGAACACCUCGUGUGUCUUGUUUUGGCAAUGGCCCUGGGAUGGGCUAAUAUGCUCUAUUUCACCAGAGGUUUCCAGUCCAUGGGUAUUUACAGUGUUAUGAUUCAAAAGGUCAUCCUGCAUGAUGUGAUAAAAUUUUUAGUUGUCUAUAUCGUGUUUUUGCUGGGAUUUGGCGUAGCUCUUGCUGCAUUGAUUGAAACUUGCCAAGAUGGCAAAGAAUGCCAUUCCAACAGCAGUCUGGGACCUGUUCUGAUGGAUCUUUUUAAGCUCACCCUAGGACUGGGUGACCUGGAGAUCCAGCAAAAUUCAAAGUAUCCUGUACUAUUUCUUCUGCUCCUUAUAACUUACGUUGUGUUGACUUUUGUUCUUCUCUUGAACAUGCUGAUUGCAUUAAUGGGAGAAACAGUGGAAGAUAUUUCUAAAGAGAGUGAGCAUAUCUGGAAACUUCAGAGAGCCAGAACUAUUUUGGAAUUUGAAAAAUUCUUACCAAAACGUUUGAGGAAAAAAUUCCAACUGGGAGAACGGUGUAAAGUGGCUGAAAAUGACACCAGGGUGUGUUUAAGGAUAAAUGAAGUGAAGUGGACUGAGUGGAAAACACAUGUUUCAUUUAUUAAUGAAGAUCCAGGGCCAACAGAUCCAAGCAAAAGUCAAGAUAAUUCAAGAACGAAUAGCAAAACCACCCUGAAUACAUUUGAAGAAAUGGAUGAUUUGCCUGAAACAUCUGUUUAGUUGUGCUGUGUUUGAUGUGUGGUCAUUUGGAAGGUUAAAAGCAUCAGCAAUGGAUGCUUAAAGCUUUGUUGAUGUUUUGGAUGGCUGUAACCAGCUGGAACACAGGCUUUUAGAGACAUGGUCUGAUGACCCCAAUGCAUUUAAUCAGGGCAGCUAAGUUAAACUCAAAUAUAGUAUUUCACUGGUUCAGUUUCGAGCCUCUUGGAAACACUGCUGUCCAAGUUUGCGUGACACUACUCAAACUUGGCUCAAGAUGUUUACUUGGAUAAAAAAGGUCAAAUGUGAGAUAUUUCUUCCUUUUGUGGAAAAUUAAGAUCAUCAUGAUCCCAAUCUGCUAUAUUUUGGAAUCUCUAGCUCAUGAGAAACAUCUUGUACACAAAAAGAAAAAAAUCUGUUCUUGUUGUGGAGCAAAGAAAGGCAUUUCAAUUCUGAACUCUACUAAAUGAAGUAUGUUAUUUUGGAAUAAUGAUGUUCUGGAGACAUUUGAAGCUUUUGUAUUGACUGUCAGUGUUAUUGGAGGCUUGGUCUCACAAGCUGGAGAAAGGCCUCUUCAGGUCUCAUUAGCUUUGCCUGAUCUGUUUUCCUGCGCAUAAUUCCUAGGGUGUAAUGUGCUGUUCACUGUUUUCUAUGACCAUGUAUAUGUGCCUUCCCAUAAAAUAAUGGGGCAGAAAUGGGAUUCAUGAUGGUGAAUAUUUCUGAGUUUGUUCAGUCACAAGCUCUUUACUUUUCCUACUUGGCUUUUCCAUGGUGUUGCUUCUUGCUGCAUAAAAUAAGUUAUCAUAUUGGAAGUUCUUCUUGCUUAAAAGCAAAUUAAUUUCUUAUUUUCCUGAAGUGGGUCAAUACAGAAGUCAGUAUUUCUUCCCCAAAUGAGCAAAAUAAGUUAAAUGCAAUUGCAGACUUCUGAAGUUUUGGUGUUUGGUUAUUUUUUUAUUCAGAGGACUCCAAAGCAUUUCUGUAAGAGUUUUUAUUUCAUUACCUGUCAUGACCUGGUUUAGUUUUUACUUUUCUAAUUUAUGUAUGUAUAUAUAAAAAUUUUGUUCAAUGUACUUUUAAAUUUCAAUUAAUAUAUUGUGUCUUCAGUGUCAUGGGCUUUCAUCAUAUCUACUCUUUUGGUGCCUGUUUUAAUGGUGCUGUUUAAGUAAGACUCAGGUGAAUUCUGUUGACAUUUGGUUGAUAAUAAGAAUUGCAUUGGAUUCUUACAGCUAAGCCUUUGUGCAAAAUGACCCAAAAGACUUUCUUAGCACAGAAGAGAGCAUGAGGGAACUCUCCAGUGGAAAGGAUAGUGCAAAGCUGUUUGCAGGGAUGGUGAACGUGGUUCUUGCUACACAACUGGUCAUCUAAAGAUGCCACAUCCUGUGUUUCCUACCACAUAUGGCCUGGAUGGAUGAGACUAGAUUGAAAUCUUCAAUAUAAUUACAUCUUUACAGGGCAUAGGAAUUUGAGAGGAAGGACAUCAAUAGACCAAUAUAUCUGAGCAUUGUCUGGCCUUCUCAGUAGGGUAUGUGAGUAUGAGAAGAAAAAUUCCUGUGGUCUUGGAAUCUUUCAUUCUUGCUGAUUAAUUUUGCAUUGGAACUGCCAACAAAGAGUAUCAAUUCCCUUAUGACUGUGUAGUUCCAUUUCGAUUCUUUCGAGUGCCAGUUUUUGUACCAAAAAAAUAUACCUCUUCACAUAUACUCAGGAACCUGAAUAAACUAGCCUGUGCUGUGCUCCUCAUUGCUAUGGGUAGACUUGUCACUGGAAACAAGUUGAUGUCUCUUGGCACUGUACUGAAGUCACACCAAAGGUGUAGCCAUAAAACAGGGAAGACACAAAAAAAGUCACUGUGCUGUGCCAAUGACCAGGUACAAAACUUUACAAUAAAACUGAGGAAGAAGGUGGGGGGUUAUGUCUAAAAGUUCUUUGCUGAGUAAAACCACUUUCUGUGGCCACAGAGCCCUGCCAUGUCACACACACAGUCUAUCUGCAGGUUGUUAUCGAGAGCCCUGUGAAUAAUGACUAAAGCAGAUAAUUCUGUACUUUUUAUACAAUGUUUAUUGAAAUUAAACUUGUAAUUCAAAAACCA